AUGAUAGGAUCAAAUUUUCGAAAUGUUGCUCGGCACAUGGCUGUACCUGUCAGGGCCAUAUCCAGUCUCUCUAGCAACACUAAAAUUAAAGUUGUAAAGAAUCCAAAAUCCCCUUUUACAAACUACUUGAGCUAUCUCGAGAAAGAACCGCCGGAUGAGCGCUUAGCAAUUGGGACUACUAGCGAGCUCCCUCCCACCCCUCAGUCCUUCACUGAGAAUAAGGAGUUUGUCAAGAUUCUCAAUGAGGUGAUAACUGAGUACGGUCACCAAGAUGAGGAUCUUGUCAAUCAAGCACGCGCAUUUGCCAGUCCGGGAGGCUUCAAUCUCGGCUCAGGCGGUGCUUUUUUCUCACAAAAACGACCUAAUAGAGGUGGCUCUCGCAAGCAGGGAGCCGGAGGGGGAGCCGGAGGCGAUGGUGCAGGAGGCGCCAGUGCUCAGGGAGGAGCCGGUGGUGGUGGAAGGGGAGGAUAUGUGCACCUCAGUGACCGAAGGAAUUCCCCCGACUUUGGACGCAUUGCAUGGCCUGAGGAUAUCCUGGGAAGUGUUGAGGUGGACGGUAAUGGUACCAUCAUCGGCAAAGUCCAGCCAAGUGGAACGUACCGUAUUCUAACGAACGAGGGAAUCCUGGGACUCAGCCCAUUCUUACAAACAAAGUUGGUGGAGAGACUAAAGCAAGAAGAAGCCAAACAAAACUCAUCAAGUUAG